UCGAGGCAGCCGUGGGUCAUAUUAUGGGACUGUCUGGAUUCUUUUCAUGGUAAAUUGGAUGAAGGCAGCAGCACUAGAGCUGAGGCGAGUGGAGAUGUCACAGCGUUCACCGGCCUGUGUCUGGAUUCAACAGGGCUGCACAAGCCCGGGCAGACAAUUCAGUUAAAAGCUGUCAGAGGCGAAGUAUAGUGAGGAAAAAGAAAGAUGCAUAAAAGCUGUAUGCUCCUCUGCACAGGUGCUUUCCUUUGCAAUUUGCUGUGGUAAAUCUCUUCCAGGGAGACCGGGAAGAGCUGAAGUGCGUGCAGGGGGAGCUCAAGGUUCAACUGAGAGAGGCAAAGGAGGAAUAUACAAGGAAAGUAGAGCAGAAGCUGUGGGACAACAACAUGAGGGAGGAAUGGGACGGCAUGAAAACCAUCACAGGCUGCAAGAAGAAGGGCAGCAACACAACAGAAGGGGAUGCUGUGAGAGCAAACCAGCUCAACCUGCUCUACAACAGGUUCGAUAGCCCAGCUGUUGCAGCCAGGACCUGCCCACCCAGCACCUCCUUACACACCCUGCCCUCACCUCCCCCAACACCGACACCCAGGCUUCCUCCAGGGACUUUGCAACCCCCCUCCCCCCCCCACCAUCACCAAAGAUCAGGUGAGCUGAAGAGACUGCGUCCCAGUAAAGCAGCUGGCCCAGACGGAGUGUGUCCAAGGAUGCUAAAGGCUUGUUCUGCUGAACUCGAGGAGCCCCUUCAGUGUAUGUUCAACCUGAGCUUGCAGCUGGGGAGGGUCCCAGUUCUCUGGAAGACUUCAUGUCUCAUCAAUGUCCCCAAAAAGAAACACCCUAGGGAACCAGAUGACUUCCGGCCGGUUGCACCGACUUCACACAUGAUGAAGACCAUGUAGCGGCUGUUGCUCCAUCACCGGUGUCCAUCGAGGGGGUCGACGUGGAGGUGGUCCAUCUAUCCAUCUAUCUAUCCAUCCAUCCAUCCAUCCAUCCAUCCAU